GCCGCGUUAAUACGACAAUUUGGGUACAACAGGCCGACCGCUGUUGAGGUCAUAACAUAUCAGGCUGGGGGUUCUUCCCCCCCACUCCUCCCCAAGCAAGAGCAGCAGCAUGAGGUCGUCCACUCAGAUUGAUAGAGAAGCCUUUGAACUCGAUCAGCGAUCACGACCGUUGCGUUCCCCAUUGCCGACAUGGAGCAGAACUUUUACCAUGACACUCGGGGUUUUGCGUGGAACACUAGAAGCGAACAAAAACUCUCUUCGGCGAGCCCGCCUUCUCACUGAUAAAGCCGCGACUCCCGUUCCACUGCGAGUAAAGCUCUCAAAAAUAUAUAUUCCACGUAGAAAAGAUGUCCUUCCGGAAGGAAUGGCUGAAAAGGAUGCUGAGGGUGCGAUCAAGGCAGAGUGGGUAGACUGGGAGCCAAUUAAGAACGAUAAAUCAGCAGCGGAUCGAGUGAUUCUUUAUGUGCACGGCGGGGCGUAUUUCAUAUGCUCAAGGAAAACACACAGGGGAAUCACUUACCGACUAGCAAAGUAUGCAAAGGCAAGAUUACUGGCAAUUGACUACCGCCUGGCGCCAGAGGCCACCUUUCCCGUACCGCUGAGCGAUGUUUUGUCGGCCUAUCUUUUCCUUAUCGAUCCACCGCCUCAUACGGGUGCACCCAAAUACCGCCCUGAACAGAUUACAUUCAUGGGUGAUUCUGCUGGUGGUGGUCUUGCACUGUCAGCUAUCCUAUGGCUUCGGGACAAUGGCCGACAGUUUCCGAUGCCGGGUGCUGCUGCGCUCAUGUCACCUUGGAUGGAUUUAACACACUCUAUGCCCUCAUGGCGACUCAAUAAUCCUUAUGAUUAUCUGCCGGACGGUUCCAACGAUCCAAAAUACAUUAAUCCCGAGCGUUCCCACUACUAUGUGUCCCACAAUUCCUUCUUGGAUCAUCCACUAGUUUCGCCUCUGUAUGCAAAAGAAAAUCCUAACCGCCCACUCCCGCCGAUGAUCAUUCAAUGCGGAGAUGCAGAGAAACUACGGGACGAAAUAAUAACUUUUGUGGAAGAGAAGUUUCCCACAAGUGCUAUUCAACUUGAACUUUACGAAGAUCAAGUCCAUGUUUUCCAAAUGUUUGCAAGUCUCGAAUCUAUUUCGAAACUUGGACUACGGCGAUUUGGAGAAUGGAUUCUCGGUGUAACCAGCCAAUACGCAAAGGAGCGUGCGCCAAGGGUGGAGCACAACGUCCUGCGAAUCUUAAAUCGGAAAGGGCACCCUGUAUCGGUUGUGAAAAAUGCUCUCGAUAUUGUUGAGGAGGCGAGAAGAAUACUGAUUGGACGUGGACAAUGGAGCGGCGACAAGAAAUUUGGCAAACCAAAAUUGUCACGAGGCGAGUCAGCGUUUGUGGUGAACCCGGAGUAUGUGCAGUAUGAUGAGGAGGUAGCGGAGGAGCUGGAUAAGCUUGCAAUCGCCGGGGGACAGGUCCAAAGUAAAUAAGCGUAAGGGAUGUUUUUUUUGAGGAUAGAGUACCUUAGAAUAUCUAAAGGUAGAUUUGUAUAUGUGGCUGGAACUCAUAGAUAACUACACAGUACUCAUAUAUAGCACAAACGACACCAGAUGUCCGU